GACUCCCCGUGAGCACGGCCGUUCCGGACAGAAGCACUGCUUCAGCAACUGAUCUGGGGCCGUCUGGUACCUUUAUUUGGUUCGUGGCUGUGUCCGCCGAAUUUCAGGAAAAGCCAUCAUGUUCGGGAACCUCUCGUUUAUGAUUCCCGCGUCAGGGGCGCCAAAGGGACCCCCAAAGGACGUCCCACCGCCGACACCAGUCAACCUACCCCGGUGCUACCCGCAAACCUCAGACGAUGGUGUUGUAGACGGCCAAGAACAUGGCUCUGACAAGCCCGGCAAGCCACUCACCUCGGUGCUGCAGAACAUUGUCCGGCCCACUGAGGUCACUACCUCGCACUUUGAAGCUCUCGGGGUGCACGUGGUCCCGGAUGCUGCUCCAGCCCAACUGCUCCCGGACCCAACCUUCAUCCCGGACUUCGAAGCUUGGCACGCCCUUUCCACCGAGGAGGUUCAUGCGACUAAUGAGAGCACCCGUAAACGGCUGAACACGGGCAACCUCUCGCCCGGCUGUCAGACAUACCUAGACAGAAAACGCGAGCUUUCGAUUCCAAACGAGGCGGCCUACCGGACUAUCCGGAGAAUCCCGCCCCCCAAGGGCCAGCCGCAGGUCCGCUUGGGAAAUACCUAUGAGUUUUAUCGCCACCUAGAACUGUUUUCUGCUUUCUGGGAAGACACUUCGGUACAUCCAGCCUCCGAGGCUAAGAACGGCCAGGUGGGAGAGGGAAAUGGCGAGAAUGACCCCGCUCCAGUCGAGGGCGACAAGGCCCAGGAGAAUGGUUCCGACGCCGUCAAAUUCUACCGCACUGGAGCUGGCCAUCAGAUGCCAGCCGAUUACCGGCAGAGCAUGAUCACAGCUUUCCUCAAGCUGGUAGCGUACGACUUCACAUGCAAUGUGUCGGCACCCCGCACCGAGCCACGGCUUCACAUCACGUCCAAAUCUUCCACCGGCUCGACACGCAGCUCUUACUUCUCUUCUGGGUGCACCUUCAUCUUCCGGACCCCAAACACUCGCGAAGCAGCCCGUGCUGGUAUCACCGAAGGUCCAGUGGCGGCCGUGAGCGCCAGACACACGACGUCUUUCCCACCAGUGGACUCGGCUUCUCCGCUCCAGGAAACAGACCGGGAUUCGAUCCUAGACCUAGCCCGGGAAGUUGUCGCGGCCCUGAUCACGGCUCAGCAACGCGCUCGCGAAGGCCGCACCGAGAAGCCUAUCGGUGAGAACGCCUGGUGGUGUACCAAACCGCGCUGGGGUGGCGGCCCCGGCGGGCCCAUCGGGCGCGAGGUGGAGAUGCUCUCUGGGGCGGACCAGACCAUUGGGGACAAGGACGCUCCGCCGCCGGAGGGCGCGCCGCCGUCCUCGUCCUCCAAAGCACGUGAUGCAACGCCCCUCCCUCAGCGCCCCUCCUCCCGCCCCGUUGGCGGGGGUAUCCCCUUCCCCACGGGGAACAACGUCAUCUCGGCCGCCGGCGGCAGCGGAUCCUCUAAGAGCGUCAAGCGGCUCAAGAAAUCGGGAAACCACCCCAUGUACGACAACUACCGCAUGGUGCGCCAGCCGAAGGCAACGUGGGACAAGAAAACACGGUACGAAGCCAUUGGGCGGGCUCAGGGGGUUGACUACGACGACGUUUUCGUCAUCAGCACGGUGCUGCACCACGUGAGCAUCGUGAGGAUGCGCGUGCCGGAUCGGCUGCUCGGCGUUCUGUCCGGGGAGGUCGAGGACGGCGGCGACGGCCGGAGCUGGGGCAGGCUCGAGGUCUGGAGGAGCCCGUGGUUUGACUUCUUCAAGGUGGACGAGCGGGUGCGCGCGAUGCAGCUGGUAUGGAGCAUGAUGGCGUGGAUGAUGCGGGAGCAGGUCAAGAAUGGCGAGGGGGCAGUGCCGGAGAAGGGGCAGAGCCAAGGGGAUGUGAAAAUGACGGGCGCGUGAUCCGUUGUUGUCGAUGGAACAACUUGGCGUGGGAACGUUGCUCGCUGGGCUCGUCGGCUCGGGAACUUGCUCGGGGGCCUCCUAGGUUGCCAGCUGCUAUGGACGCCGGUUCAGCUAGCACAGCUCGAGACAGGGGAAUGGAAUUUGCCAUCCGCCAUCACUUCUGCUGCGGUUCAUAGGAACGUGAGGGAUCAUGAAAAUAAUCACUGCGACGGCGGUUCGAACGGGUUGACCAGUAACUAUACUGGCCCGAGCUCCUCUCAACCAUGCUUCUUUUGGAAUCCCAUGAAUGGCUGACGGUACGAUUCAGCGGCCCCGCUCGAAAAUCCCAAGGUCGUUG